AUCCGUCAGUCUGCCGCAAACCUCGUCCACAGGCGGACGUCAUGGAGAAAUUAUAUUAUGUUGCUGUUUUAGCUGCGUUCUGCCUCGUCCAGGCUAAGGGAUACAAGGUUCCUGACGCCAAGCUAGAAGCCAUUUAUCCCAAAGGACUGAGAGUAUCAGUACCGGACGAUGGCUUCACCUUGAUGGCGUUCCAUGGUAAUCUAAAUCAGGAGAUGGAAGGUUUGGAAGCUGGCCAGUGGGCUCGUGAUAUCACCAAGCCCAAAAACGGCCAGUGGAUCUUCAGAGACAGAAAUGCACAGUUGAAAAUUGGGGACAAGAUUUACUUUUGGACUUACGUCAUCAAAAAUGGCUUAGGCUACAGACAGGAUAAUGGAGAAUGGACUGUUACUCAUUUCGUAACUGAAGAGGGAGUACCGAUCAACGAAACAUAUCCAGACCCUAUGCCAAUCCCAAUUCCUGACAGCAGCACUUCAUCACCACCACCGAUCGCUUGUGAGGUUUCUCCAACAGUCGUUCAGGGUUAUCGUUCCCUGUGCAAGGGAGUGCUAAUCUUUACUGAAGAUUUCAAAAAACCGAAUAUCAAGAGCCUCACCUCAUGGGAUCCAGAGAUUAUGUUCCCUCAAGAACCGGAUUAUCCCUUCAACGCAUAUAUCACGGAUGUUGUUAGCAUAGACAACGGUGCCUUAAAGAUUAAACCUGAACUGACUGAAUCUCGCUUCCACGAAGGCUACCUCAACGAACAAUGGGACCUAUCCAACAUUUGCACGGGACAAGUAGGAACGAGAGAGUGCAGUCUCGUAGCAAAUGGAGCCCAAAUACUUCCCCCUGUCAUAAGUGGAAAAAUUACAACACGCAACAAAUUCAACUUCAAGUACGGUAGGAUAGAAGUACGCGCAAAAUUACCAGCAGGAAGUUGGCUUUUACCAGAAAUAUUGUUGGAGCCACGUGAUAACGUAUAUGGGAAGCAGCGGUAUGAAUCUGGUAUUAUGAAAAUUGCGUUUGUGAAGGGGAACGCAGCAUUCGCAAAGAAGUUAUACGGAGGUCCAGUUCUAUCAGACACAGAACCUUACAGGACAUUCCUCCUCAAAGAGAAACUUGGUUUCGAUAAUUUCAAUAAAGAUUUCCAUAACUAUACUCUGGUUUGGAAGCCUGAUGGCCUCCAGAUGUAUGUAGAUGGAGAACAGUAUGGUGACGUAACUCCUGGAGAAGGUUUUUACUUCAGUGCCAGAGACCACGCGGUUCCUCACGCAUCGAUGUGGCUUAAGGGAUCAAUCAUGGCACCUCUGGAUCAAUUAUUCUACAUAUCAUUGGGGGUACGCGUUGGUGGUAUCCAUGAUUUCGAUGAUGCGAGAGACAAACCCUGGAUAAACAGACACACUAAGGCUCUCUACAAAUUCUGGGAACACAAAGACUUAUGGUACCCUACGUGGUACUCACCAGAACUGAUUGUAGAAUCAGUUAAAGUUUAUGCUCUUUAAAUAUGUGUAAUACUCAUUUUAUAAAAUAAAUUGACCCAAAUAAUCUAUUCAUGGGCAUUGAUUUUAUAUUUACACUGAUAAUUUAAACUGUACCUAUAAGUAGCUAUUCAUUUACUACAGUCUGAAUUUUAUAGGGAACACAUUUACAGGGCCAAGUAAAAAAAUAUCAAAACUUCACAUAAAUUCGUGUUUAUUGUAUAUAUCGGCGCAAUUGUUAUUAUUUCAAUAACUAAUAAUUGAGGGUAGUUGAAAAUAUUAGGUGUCACCCGCAUAACCACCUGCGGAGCCACCUGUGCAAGUGAAGUCACAACAAUGUUGGUAUAAGUAGAGGCGACAGUAUAGAUUACAGAUAGUCUCGCUAGAGCCGUUUCAGGGAUCGGACCUCUUCGAAGUAAGGGAUUCGUCAAACCGGAUACGAGGUUACAUUCAAGAGUGAGAUCCUGACGACAUUCAAGAAUAAAGGCAUCGGUGACGUCACUUAUGCUGACGUCACUCUUUUUACUAAACAUACUUGGACCCUACUCCGACAUAUACAUAUAUUUUUACAUCUCUAUAAUAAAAUAAGCAAUUAUAAAAAAGGGUUUGUUUACAAAAAUAAAAGAAUUAAGAGUU